ACCAGGCACCAAACUGAUGACGUGGUUCGGUCCGUUGAGCAGAGCAGCAGGAUGGCCGACCAGAGCAGGCAAAUAAAACUCGCUGCAGCUAAGAAAAAGCUGAAGGAGUUUCAGCAGAAGAGCUCCCCUGCUAGUGUAGGAGGAGAAAAGGGUGGUGGAGGAGGUGGCGGAGCAGGGGCCAAGAAGAAGAGGAAGCUGAAGGGACUGAGCCAACUCGAUGCACCUUCAACAGAUAGAAACAAUCCAAUCAAUACCUUUGCUGACGUGGAGCCCAUGGGGUCUUCAGUUCCUCAGCUGCUGGAGGACCCAAGGGGCGAGCCUGGUCGCGGCUCACCUGUGUCUAACCCUGCUAGUGCUAACACUACUAAUAACCCUGAGUCUGUCGGUCAAAACGCUGACCUGCAGGAUUAUCCUGAUACCAAUGGCAAUGAGAGUUUAACAGAGGAAAAUAGACCACUGUCUUCCACAGAGAGCCUGCGACAGCUCUCACAGCAACUGAACGGCCUGGUCUCUGAGUCAUCUUCUGCGUAUGUGAAUGGAGAUAGUGCAACUACUGUCAGUGAGAGAGAACUCGAGAGUCGGAACCAGGAGCUGGCAGCGGCCCUGGAGUCCAGCAACCUAACAAACUCUCAGCUCAAUACCCAGCUAGACCAGCUGGCACAGCAAUCUCAGGCGCUCACAGAUCAGCUACAAAAGGAGCGAAAAGAAUUUGAGCAGAGAUUUUCAAAAGAGCAAGGAGCCAUGCGAGAGCAGUUACAGGUUCACAUCCAGACUAUUGGUAUACUGGUAUCAGAGAAAUCAGAGCUACAGACAGCACUACAAUACACACAACAGGCCGCACGGCAGAAAACAGCGGAGGCAGAGGAGUUGAACAACCGUCUGCAAGCAACAAAGCAGAGAGUGUCAGAGCUUGAGAGAACUCUCUCAUCUGUCUCAACACAGCAGAAACAAUUUGAAAAGCACAACAAAGAGCUUGAAAAGGAGAGAGACAGCUUGAGGCUAGAGGUGUUUAGAGUAAACAAUUUGAGUGAGGAGUUGAAGCAGCAGAGCUCAGAGUUGUCUGAGCAGUUGAAACUGAAUACACAGGAGAAUGGAGCAAUGAGACUGGAGCUAGAAGAGCUUCGCAAAAGGCUCGAGAUUGCUGACCUCAUGUUGCAACAGUGCUCCAGUCAGUCAGAUCCCACCAGUGCCAACCAGCAGGUCCAGUUACUGCUGGAAGAGAAGCAGCAGCUGGUGGCGCACAAUCACCAGCUGACGGAGUCAAUUGCCCAGCUGAAGACGGAGAGGGACUGUUAUGCAGAGCAGAUCCAGGAAGAGGGCCGUGUAUGGAAGGACAAAACAGAACUGCUGCUAACGCAGGUGUCACUGGUUGCAGAGGAGAGGGACAGAAACAUCAACCGAGUCCAAGAACUAGAGGCCAGCAUCGCAGAGCUGAAGAAUGCUGCAGCGUUAUUGUCCCAGGAGAGAGAGGCUCAGGCUAAUGCAGAGACCCAGUCCUCAGGCCCAUCAGAGAGUGAGGUGGCUCUGCAAGGGAGCCUCAGCACACUACAACAGGAGAAAGAAGCCCUUACUGCACAGUUCCAGGCACAGCUGCGAGAUAACGAGCAGCUGAGCCGCCUGUGUGCAGAGCAGGAGACACGUCUGGGGGAGAUGGAGCGGCAGGUGGAGAGCCAAUCCCAGGAGGCGGAGGACCGUCGGCGCAUGUUGGAGGAUGUUCAGUCAGAUAAGGCCACUAUUAGCCGUGCUCUCACCCAGAACCGUACGCUGAAGGACCAGCUGGCUGAGCUACAGAACGGUUUUGUCAAACUGACUAAUGAGAACAUGGAGCUGACCACUGCCAUCCAGUCAGAGCAACAUGUGAAAAAGGAGCUGGCUCGCAGGAUGGGUGAACUGCAAGAGGAACUGCACAACGUCAAGGAGCAGCUGGAAUUGAAAAUUCAGGAGACUCAGGGUCUGAUGGAGCAGAGGGACCAGGUAGUGGCCCACCUGCAGCAGUACUGUGCUGGCUACCAGGCCCUGGCCUCAGAGAGAGAACAGCUCCACCAACAGUAUCUGCAGCAGAGCCAGCUCAUGGACCGGCUGCAGCAUGAUGAAAGCCACGGCCGUGUGCAGCUGGAGAUCAGUCACAGCCAGCUCAAACAAGCGCAGGACCAUUUGGAGCAGUUAGUCAGAGACAACGAGCAGCUGAAGGCUGAGGUGAAAGAGCUUCUUAACAGCUCAGGUCUUGCUACAUCAUCUAGAGACCAAGGGGAUGGAGUGGAAAGCCAGUCCCUGCAAGAGAGUCCAAAGAAGUCCCCCUCCAUAGUUAUCCCAGAAGACUUUGAAAGCCAGAAAGAGAUGGAGGAGUUUAUCCGCGGAGCUUUGGCUCAGCUGGAGGCAGAGAGGGACGAGGCCAGAAGGCAACUUGAGGAGGAGCACAGGCUCCACAUGGCAGCCCGGCACCAGGCGGCUGUGGCCCUCAGCCUUGAACACCAACACUACAGCCACAAACCUGCUCAUGACCAUCAUCAUGAGCACGAUCACACUCAGGGCCAACAUAGUCACUGUGAACACAGUCACGAGCAUUCAGAAGGAGGAGUGCCAGUGGAAGUUCAUCAGGCCCUGCAAGCUGCCAUGGAGAAGCUUCAGCGGCGUUUUACCUCCCUCAUGCAAGAGAAAGCUGACCUGAAGGAGAGGGUGGAGGAGCUGGAGCACCGCUGCAUCCAGCUGUCUGGAGAGACUGACACUAUAGGGGAGUACAUAGCCCUGUACCAGAGUCAGCGGGCCAUCAUGAAGCAGAAACACCAGGAGAAGGAGCAGUACAUCAGCAUGCUGGCCCAGGACAAGGAGGAGAUGAAGGCGAAGCUGGCAGAGCUGCAGGAUCUGGUGAUGAGGCUGGUGGCUGAGAGGGAUGACUGGUACAGCCGAUACACCACGGCUGUGGCCAGCGCAAGCACAGUGAACCCCGACCUGCUCCCCGUCGGGGAGGAUCACUCUCGCCCAGAGCACCAAGCACGCGCACAGACUGAACUUAGUGCUGUCGACGGAGCAGAAGCCAUGGAGGUCAUUCCUCUGUCAGAGCCCACCACAGGCCUGGAAGCCUCCUCAUCCCAGGCGCUUUCGACCGAGUCAGCCCAGACCGACCCCAAGCCCCUGGUGCCCAAAGAGGAUGGCACAGCUCAGCAGAUCAUGCAGCUGCUCCAUGAGAUCCAGAACCCCCAGGGUGCGCUAAGAUCACCCCACUUCCUCGGGGAGAACCCCUGCAUCCCCUUCUUCUACCGGCCUGAUGAACAGGACGAAGUCAAGAUCCUGGUGGUGUGAGGUGUGGGUGUGACAAAGGCUUGUGUGUGUAUAUGUGUGUGUGUGUGUGUGUGUGUGUGUGUGUGUGUGUGUGUGUUUGUGUGUGGACAUGUCUUGAAGUCUGGGGAACAUCACAGUUUAACAUGUUUAUAGCUUAUAGAUCGUAUUCACAAACACAAAAUUUGACACCCUGCAAAACCAGUCACAGAUAAAGAGAAUGUCUUUGACCCAGUUACAUUAAAGUGUCCCCUCUUUGUUCUGUGUGUUGGCACUAAUGUGUGCAUGGUUAAAGAGAGAAUAUUUUCUAUUUGUUGUUUUUAUGUUUGUGUUUUUUGUCCAUGAUGCUCUUCCCAGAGAGGAGAUAAUCAGUAUGCCUAAACACAAUCUGAUUAUUCUCCUUACCGCAAUUUUUAAUUCCCAUCCUCUCUCUCGUCUCUAUUCUUACACAUAAGUGCAAUAAAAGGGCCAUAUAUUCUGUCCCCUUGCUGAUACAGUACUUACAGAGCUGUCACAAAUUAGCAGCCUGUUUGUGUGCAACUUUAUUUUAUUGCAAAUCUCAGUUUUACACAAUUCACAUGCCAAAAAAAAAGCAUCACGUUUGAAUGUAAUAACCUGAAAUAUUUACCUGUAUGUUUGUGUAAUGUGAAGAGAAGUGAGGAGUAGGGUGCGGCAAGACGAUGUCAGGUUGGGUGGCAGAGCGAGAUGUAAGUUAAAGUUAAGUCAGUAAAGGAACUGCACAUAAAAGCUUUUAAAGAAAAACUGUUCAAAAGUCAAGAGCUCAGUAGUUACAUGAUCGCGUUCAGGAAGAUGGAGGCAGGUGUUGCAGAUUGAUACUGUCCCUAAAACUACCUUUUCUCUACAUUUUCUUUUUCCUCCAAACACUGAAAAUAAGUCAUAUGUUUGUACAGAGCAAAGUGUUACUAUAUGUGAAACGUUUGUGUUGUAAUGACGUUGAACAUCUUGUUGGACUGAGAGAAGUCACCAUUUUUAUUAUUUCUGAUUCAGUGACAGGAUAGGUGCAAUUUAAAGACCCCAUGAGUAAAAACAAAUGUUCAGAAACAAAAGGCAUUUUUUUCUCCAUUGUUGUCCAAGAACAGCACUGGAGCAGGGCAUCUUCUUCAGAGUGUCAUACAGAUACAGAGUAGAGCGUGGGUGCUGUGCUGGGGGCUGCUCUCCACAUUAUUGUUUCUGCAAGUUGUUCGACUUGAGCUUUGCCUUUUUUUUUUUAAUGUUAGAUGUUAGGGUACAGUAUUUGAAGAAGUUAUAGGAAGUAUGGUGUUAAAAUCUCUAUAUUUGCAGUUAUAAUUCAUCUUUGUACUUAGAAUAUUCUGCAAUCUGGUGCCCUGAAGAUUCACAAACACAGUCUACAAUUCCAACACUCAACUCACAUAACUCGUUUAUUCAUUAAUUUUUCUUCCUUAUCUUUCUUCCUGAGCUUUAACUUCUGUUUCAUGGGGUCUUUAAAUUUCUAAACUAAUUGACGCUAUUAAUAAUAGCCUGUUCUUUUCUGUUACGUUUUGCUUGUACUUCUACAUAUCAAAGAUCAAUUAAUGCACAUCCUUUACAACUGGACUGUGUGUGUGUGUGUGUGUGUGUGUGUGUGUGUGUGUGUGUGUGUGUGUGUGUGUGUGUGUGUGUGUGUGUAAUCCAAGCUGUUUCCUCUUCAGCAUCUGUUGUACAUUUGUGUAGAGUUCUAUCAGAUUAUAUAAGUAUGAUUGCACUAAAACUGUAUAAAGCUUCUCAUUCAGCUCUGUUUCUACCAUUGAGCCUCUUUGGAGAAAAAGGGGAAUCCUAUGAUGCCUCUCUCUUAAGCUGAGGGUUCCAGUUGAAGCAAAUGAAUUUAAUUGAAAGUGUGUGUGUGUGCGUGUGUGGUGUUGCACUCGGAGGAUGACCACGGUGUGUAAAUAUGAGAAGAAGAUGAAAUUAAUGAGACCGCUCACUUCAAGAAGUCAUGAUGUUAUUCCCAAAAGUGUGGGACCAAUCAGAAUUUGAGAAAAUUAACAACUGUCUUUCCAAAAGUAGAGAGCUACACCAGUCAAUUUUUUUUACGUUCAUAAGUUGUUAUUCUCGUUUUGUCCAACAAUACAUGAGUAAAUCUCUUUUUGGCAUUAAAGAAAUUAGAAAUUAGGGAGAUCCCAAUUUUUUCUUUGCCUGAAGACAUGACAGGCGUUAGCCUUAAGAGAGAGAUGCUCAUGUUCACAAAUGUAGAUUGGAGGAUUAAUUGAUUUCUUCAGUGUAGGACUCUUUCCCUUUUAAAACUAAUAACCAAGAACUAUACUAUCACAGCUUAUUUUUUCCAAAUCUUGGCAGAGGUCUCUUUCAUGACUUUCAUGUGAAAGGUCAUGAGGGUCUUCUUCAUGCAAGUCAUACAAAAAUCCCACUGAAUACUUAGGGACCCUCUUUUAUUUGGAUGUGUUUGAAUUUUGAGAUCCUCUUGGUUGUGUUUAUUUCGAGGAAGAGGACAUACUGUAUUUGUGAAAUUAUUAAAUUGCACACUUGAUAUUUAAAACUAAAAGUAACAGGACGGAACACAUUACUGCAGAUUCUCUUCUUUUAAGCCUAUUAUAGGGAGCAAAAUGUAAUUAGAAUGUAAGGUAUGUGGAGGUUGGGUGGACUUGGUGCUGUUUUCAGGAAAAGUAAACAGCACUGUGUCAACCCUAAACCGCAGCACUUUGGCAGUAACAGAUGGUUGGGGUUUUUUUUUUUUUUUUUUUUGGGAUAAAUUUACUUCAUUGUUCUUGAUUUUAAAAUUCCUCGCUUCUUAGCAUUCUGUCACUCUUUGGUUUCCUUUGAAACAUGCCAUAAAUAAGUUUUUGGUUUUUACUUUUGGGAGCGGUCAGACCAAAAGGUGAAUAGACAAUAAAAUCCUCUUGGUGUUGUUUCGAGGCCUGUAAAAUAACAAAUAAAACAAUGUGGAUAAAGUUACUUCCCACACUUUCUAACUCACUGUUAAACAUGUUGUGCGUGAUUGAAGCAUUUAUUGUCUUUGGUGUAAAAGAGGCAGUGUACAUACUGUAACUGUGUAACAUAUUGUAUAUUCAUUAUGCCUGGUGUGUGUUGGGGGGAAGCUGCUCUGCCAUGUUUGCUGGCAGCUUUGACUGUGUGUUUCUGAGUACAGAGUCGGGGUGUUGGUGGUUACUGACUGGCUGUGAUUUAAUACAAAGAUUGACUAAAAAAGAAAAUAUAUUUAUUUGAAGCAAGUUAGUAUCUCAACUAAUCAGUUUUAAUGUAAAAUAGAAGUGACUGUUGGAUGGAAAUGAAGGAUUCGUUCGAGGGCUGCUUCUGACAGAAGCUGAUUUUUUUUUUUGUUUCCGAGUAAUAUUUUCUCCCCUUCUACUGAAUAAAACUGAUUGAACAACUUAAA